UCUAAAUUGGGGUUUCCAAAUAAUCCAAAAUGGUGUAAUAUCAAAUAUUUUUGCCACAUUUUGGCUGUCCAAGUGGAUUGUAAUUACUUCUUUUUUUAAUUAAUUCAAAAUUAACAAACCUCUUACCAUUAAGUUUCAUUCUGCACCAAAUCAUUUUUUUAAAAUACAAUUACAACAAUGGAUUAUAAUGAAAAUUAAUUGGAAAGUACAGCUGUAAAUUGUUCACCUUUACUGGAAAACUUGUGUUUCAAGCAAUUCUAAUGCAAGAAGCCUAUUUACAGUCACAGAAAACAUUGUAACUAGCAUUGAUCCGAGUUGUAAAUCAGGAAAUGUUACAAUAUUUUAGCCCCUGCAAUUCUCCUCUCCUAGUUUUUGCUGCAGACCAUAUUUCCAGAUUUCUCUGGACUUCUCUCCUCAUAACGUAUCAUGCAGGCAUCCAUCCUCCCCAUUUUUCCUGGUGCUGUGGUACACUCAGAUUUUCUCUAUGGCGCAGCGUCACCUGGAUGCUGCUAGAACAUCCCUCUGUGGGUGAGGGAGGGGUAUCUGCACGAGUCUUAACUGCGUUGUUUUGGGAUUACAUCACAAUCUCGUCAGAGGGUUUUCAGUCUGAGCAGGCAAGAAGAGCACUAUCAUUCUGAGGUCCUUUCUCACAGUUUAGCUAAACUCCGCAAAAACUACACCAUCGAGAAAGGAGACACCAGAGCCCCAUUGACUGGUUGGCAUACAGAACAAGACAAACUACUGCAGGACGAGAGACAGGCAUCAUGACACAGGGCAAGCUGCCACUAGCAAACAAGGCCACCAAUGGCUCCUCCAGUGGACAAGUCUUAGUGUCACCAACUCCUCCCAGCUAUGAGGAAGCCACUGCCGACACCAGUGCUCCUUGCUACAAUGAUGUUGAGAUGCUCACAGAGUUCACGUGGGAUGAUCGCAACAUCAGGAGGGUCUUCAUCCGUAAGGUGUACACCAUCUUGAUGAUCCAGCUUUUGGUCACUCUCGCUAUUGUGUCUCUUUUCACAUUCUGUGACCCUGUGAAGGUAUACAUUCAAACCAACCCUGGGUGGUACUGGGCAUCUUACGCUGUGUUCUUUGUCACAUAUCUGACCCUAUCCUGCUGCUCUGCACCAAGGAGACAGUUUCCAUGGAAUUUGAUUCUGCUUGGCAUCUUUACUCUCUCACUCUCCUACAUGACAGGGAUGUUGUCCAGCUUCUAUAACACCAAGUCAGUGGUGAUGUGUCUGGGCAUCACAGCAGCUGUCUGUCUCCUGGUCACAGUCUUCAGCUUCCAAACUAAGUUUGACGUGACAUCAUACCAAGGCGUGCUCUUUGUCUUCUGCAUGGUCAUGUUCAUCUCUGGACUGGUGUUGGCAUUCGUCCUUCCCUUUCAAUAUGUACCCUGGUUGGAUGCCACCUACGCUGCAUUGGGAGCCAUACUGUUUACCAUGUUUUUGGCAUUUGACACCCAGCUCCUCUUGGGGAACAAGCGCUACGCCAUGAGUCCAGAAGAGUACGUCUUUGCCACUCUCAACAUCUACCUAGAUAUCAUCUACAUCUUCUCCUUCCUCCUCCAAAUCUUUGGAACAAAACGAGAAUAAACCAUCGUCCUCUCUUUCUUAUCUACAGACAAGGGAUGCACCAGUUUGGCAAUUUAGGUAGACAUGAUAAGAGUCUUUUUAAAUUUUGGUGAUUGUGAUGACAAUGCUUCCAUUUGUCAGCACCAGUUUUAUUUUUUUGCCUGAUACUGAUAAGGUCACGAAUACUUUGUGAAUCUCUUGUAUAGACAUAUGUCAGUAUUCACAUCCAAAAUGUCAAUAACCUUUCCCUCCUCUCUAGCAUGUUGUGAACCCACAUUAUGUGGUUAGUUUACUGGCUUUACCAACCAGAAACAUUCAGUGAUCCGUGAUCUUCCUCAAUUUAACGUAGAUAAAAUAUACUGUGAGUGUUCAUCUGAAGCUGUAUGGGUGUCUUUAUAUCCAUGCCUGCCUAGAUAUCACAAAUCUCCUGCAAACAAUAGAUGUCAAUGCUCUUUAAGAGGUAAUUGAUCUAUAAUACAUUAUGCAUGACUCAAAAAAGCCCUAACAAUGCCAAGUACAGUCAUCCCAUCACUGGACUAUUGCUUUGGGUGUUGAUUUAGUGACUGAAAGCAUAAAUGUUACUUUAAAAAAACUUCAGAUUUUUCCUAUGUUUUCAAUCAUAUCCAAUGUUGUCUCAAUACUGUGAAUUACAAGAAACUCCUUCAGUGUUUUUAACAGUUUCAGAGAAGUUGACAUGUUUUUUCUGGCUUUUUAAUGACAAUCUGAAAAUGUUAUUUAUUGGAUUUGGGAUGCUGCUACUCAUCUCUGCCUUGAUGUUUUACUCAUAUUUACUGUAUGGUGUAUAUGUUGAUUUUUUGUCAUUCACAUUGUUGCAGUGUUUAUUAUUAGUAUGUCAUUUGUUGAAUAUGUGUAUUUGAACCUGAAGUAUUUUUAAUGAAGAUUGCUUAGACAAAUUUUUUUAAUGAAAGAUAUUUAGUUGUAACAAACCUUGAUUGUUGGCUCUUAAUAUUAUUUAAACUUAUUUAGUCAGUUUGAAGAGGUGACACAUGAUAAUUGAAUAUAAACAUGACAGUGCCAUACAUGCAUGGAUUUACUACUAUGCUAUAUUUCAUGACAUUUGAAGUUUAUUUUUUUAUGACAGAAUGAUAUAUUUUGGAAAGUGUGUGAUAUAAAAUGAUGACUUUGAAGCUUGAAAAGAAUUUCUAGGUCUUUUAAAGUGUCCUUGGAUUACCUUUAUCUGAUGACAUUGAUGCAGUAUAUUGUUUUAAGAGCACCCUGCAUUUCACUGUAGCAUUGGUGUUACUGUAUUAAUUUAUUAAAUGGUGAAUGUGUCUGAAUGCACUCACUGGUUCUCUCUGAUUAAAUAAAUAAUGUGCUUUAA